ACGGCAGUGGGGGAGAGAGGCGCGGGCGGAGUGACAGGUGGACAUGUAUCCAGUUCUCAUUCAGGGAAAGUGAAAUAAAAAUCUCAAAUGCUGUGUGAAUAACGAAUGACAGUGGGCAAGUGCUGGGCAGAAGGAUGACAAUGGCGCACGUAGGGGCAGUGAUUGCUGCGAUCACUGUGAUGAUGGCUAUUUUGCUUCAUUCCUCUAUACACAAGAUUGAAGAAGGUCAUUUAGCAGUUUAUUACAGAGGUGGAGCUUUACUUACCACACCAAAUGGUCCAGGCUAUCACAUCAUGCUGCCUUUUAUCACCACCUACAGAUCAGUGCAGACGACCCUGCAAACUGAUGAAAUAAAAAACGUGCCUUGUGGAACAAGUGGGGGUGUCAUGAUCUAUUUUGAUAGAAUCGAGGUGGUCAAUAUGCUGGUGCCAUCAGCAGUGGUGGACAUUGUCAGAAACUACACUGCAGAUUAUGACAAGACACUAAUAUUUAACAAAAUUCACCAUGAACUCAACCAGUUCUGCAGCGUCCACACACUACAGGAGGUCUAUAUUGAGCUGUUUGAUAUUAUUGAUGAGAACCUCAAGACUGCACUGCAAAAAGAUCUCAAUUCGAUGGCUCCUGGUCUCACUAUUCAGGCUGUUCGUGUCACCAAGCCUAAAAUUCCUGAGGCAAUCAGAAGAAACUAUGAACUAAUGGAAGCAGAAAAGACCAGGCUGCUCAUCACAGCUCAGACCCAGAAAGUGGUGGAGAAAGAGGCAGAGACUGAGAGAAAGAAAGCCAUCAUUGAGGCCCAAAAAGUGGCUCAAGUUUCUGAGAUCCAGUUUAAGCAGAAAAUCAUGGAAAAGGAGACUGAGAAGAAGAUAUCUGAAAUAGAAGAUGCUGCGUUCAUUGCUAGAGAAAAAGCUAAAGCAGAUGCAGAGUACUACACAGCCGCAAAGUUUGCUGAAGCUAACCGGUUGAAGCUGACACCAGAGUAUCUGGAGCUCAUGAAAUACCAGUCCAUAGCUGCCAACAGCAAGAUCUACUUUGGACAGGACAUUCCCAACAUGUUUGUAGACAACAGUGCCUCUCCUUCACCCAAAGUGGCUGACUCAUCUGAGUAGCUGGAGUUCCUAACUGGAGCAGAGAAGUCUAGGAAAGCUGGUGGGGUGAAAGCAGACAGAGAGGGCCACUGAACGGCUUAGGGCUUCUCUUAUUUCUCCCUCUGUCUCUUUGGGGCUGGGAAUGCUUGCGUGGCAUGCUUGCAUAGAUACUUUUCUGUGAGGGUACUGGGUGCUUAACAAACUGUGCAGUGAUGAGUAAUCCUGCGUGAGGGUAGUAAAUGGGAAAACAGCUGUGUUUUAGUUCUGCAGCCAUGUGGUUUACAGCUUCAAUUUAAAUGUCUUAAGACAGGGGUGAGAUUUACAAAGCAUGUAAAUGAAUAAAUGAAUGAUGCUGCUGAAAACAAUACAACUGAUAAAACUAAUGACAGCUGUACCCUGUAAAAUGUCUUAUUGCUCACAUGUUUUUUUAAUUAGUUUUUUUAUAGCAAUUGGUGACAAUAUAGCUUAUGCUGAAAUGUUGCUGGUGUACUCAACUGGAAUUAUAAAGCUUUGGACAGUUGAUUAUACAAUAACAAGAUUUUAAUUUUCGCCAGAUUUAGAACUUGCCGUGUGACUACAUGUACAUGUGUGCAGACAGCCUUUAUGCAAGUAGUGUUGACAAACAAUCUGCCCACAUACACUGGUCAAAAGUAUGUGAACACCUGACUACAAGCUUGGUAGACUUCCUUUUUCAAAACUAUGGGUGUUCAUGUGGAGUCAGUUUUCCCAUUGCAGUUAUAACAGCCUCUACUUUUCUGAGAUGGUUGUUUCAAGAUCUUGGAGUGUAUUAAAGUUUGUCCCUAUUCAGUUAAAAGAGCUUUGUGGAGCUUUAUGACAAAGCCUGACUUGUAGUUCAUCCCAGAGGUGAUCAUUUUUGUUUAGUUCAGGGCUCUAUACUCCUCAAACUUUUUUUAUUUUAGAAACUCACUUUGUGCAAAAGGGCACAUCCAUGCUGGAACAAAUUUUUUGCCAAAAAUUUAAAGCACAUGUUUUUUAUUUUAUACCUGAGCAUAUUUUUAUUUGCUCGUAAUUAGCGUGGUUUAACUCAAAUUUAACAAGCCUACAUACAGUACAUUUGACCGUAUGAUGUAUGAACUGAACAACUGGAACAUUAAAAGAUUUACCCACUAGGGGGCAGAACAGAGCUAAAAUACCCCCAACUACACCAGCAUUUCAAACCAUUUUUCCUAUUUGAGGCGAGGAAGCUUAGUGUAUUUCCAGUACUAAUACUGAUUUAAUAUUUAAAUUUAAAAUUUAAUAGAACUGAGCCGACUGUAUACAAACACAUCAUGCAAAUGUCAAAGGUAACGAUGGGAUUCUUAAGUGCUCUGACCUGUGCUCAUGUGAAUGAAAAGUCAAAAUCACACACAGGAAAUGUCAAUGUACUCUAUUGGAAAAUGAGUUCGAACCAGGUAUAGGCUCUUAAGUUUUUUGUAUUAAAUUAAAUUUUUGUCAUUUAGCGGACGCUUUUAUCCAAAGCGACUUACAAUUAUGACCGAAUAUUGGGGAUAAAGGGUCUUGCUUAGGGGUCCAGUGGCAACUUGGCGGUGAUGGGGCUUGAACCAGCAACCUUCUGAUUAAUAAUCCACUACCUUAACUGCUAAGCUACUGCUGACCAUAACUUACAACACAUCCAUUGUUGGUUAAGUCUGAUGCGGGUGCCUUCUUGUUGUUCUAUACUGCAUUCACUGUUUAAUCAUGAAUCCAAGCAAGACAUACAGAGUAAAUAUUUAAGGAUGUGCAAAAUAACAUCAAAUGAACAUGCAAGGCAUCAGUCUUAUGAACAUAAACAAGUCGUUAAUAGCAAAUAUACUUCUGGCUUGAGCUUGUGUCUGUUUAAAGCUUCUGUUAGUUUACAGAUGAAUCUUACAUCACAUUCAGCAUGAACAUUUUAUUGAUUUCAGUCAAAAACUGAACACUGUUUGAAUCAGUUGAAGUUGGUACCAGUGAGUUGAAGUGGGGUUAUAAGCACAUGCACUGUUUACAAUGGAUCUAGUUUUACUCGUGCACAGAUGGGUGUGAUUGUAGCAUGCUGGUUUGUUUUUGUGACAGUUGAUUUGUGGGUGAUGGUAAAGUUGUGAAUGUGGUUUUGUUGUGAAUCUUGCAUUUAUUAUGUUUUAAUAGUUAUUUGAUUUAAGAAGGGACAUUAUGGGCUUAGUUAUUUAAAUGGCACAUGCUACCAUUUAGGCCUGCCUGCUGAUUGCUGGUUUAUAGAAUGAGUUGCUUUCUUAGCCUUUAGCUGGUAACAUGCUCAACGCCAACACAUGCUUUCGCCAUGCAAAAUUGAUUUCUACUGUCAUUGCAUUUUGUAAUGUGUCUACACCAUUUUAAACUCGACAGUCUUUGCUUUGAGCUUUACAUAUAGUGGCAGUGUAGUAGCUGUAUGUAUCUUUUCUAAGUUGGAUUCUGACUGUGUUCAUUGCUAAAUAUAUUGUAACAAUUCUAAAACACUUAAUCUGUUCUACAUUUUUAUUGUAACAAGAAAACUGUGAAGUGAAAGUAGAGGCUGUUUUUGGACUAAUUUUGUCUGUUCAUUAAUAACCUUUAGUGUGUAUACACCAAGCCUCAGUGUAUUGGUAAAAAAAAACAAACAUUAAAAUAAGGGCUUUUACUUAAAAACAAUAAAAAAAGCUACUAAUGUAAGGGCUAUGGAGUUAAUAUUAAGCAAAUUGAAGCAGCACAGGUAGAGGAAAAUACUGGACAACUGUUCAUAUUAAUUCAGGCCAUAAAGUUUAGAGCUGUUAAUAUUAAACUAUGUCAUCUACCCCUAAUUUGCAUAAAAAGAACUUUUUUCAUUAGGAUAUAACCACUAGAGGGAGUACAGGUUCUUAUUAUUGCUUCUACACUCGGAAUGCAAUGUCAAUUGACCCUGAAAUGCCAAAAAAAACCUUUGUUGGGCUUAUCUGUAAAAGGUUAGGUUUAGUCUCUAAUGUCUAUGCUAAGAAUUCCUGUACAUUUUAUUAAACAUUUAGAGUUAUUACGUCUAUACCUGGCUCUUUGUCCAGGUACUAACUCUCAGGAAGGGGAUACAGUUAUCUUUAUUAGAAAUCCUUGUAUCUAUUUCAUUACUACUGUUUUUUCCCCAGAAAUGAGUCUUAAUUCAAAAGCUACUGCUCUUAGGUAAUUUGACCACAUGUAAAUGUUAAUGCUAUUUUCUGCUCUUGGUUACAUACUGCAGCUGCAUUUAACAUGUAACCCUGUUUCCUCUGUCUGAGUGAGCUAGAUCAAAGUCAUGAGCGUUCAUCCAGUCACCACAAUCAUCUGUACCACAAGUGUUUUCCAGCAAUGUGGGCUUCCUUCCCUGCUGUUUAACAUUUGUUCUGUGUGACUUUAUAAUAAAUUCUCUGUUAAGCUGAGGAAAACAGACCGACUGAAUUUAAGUACAUUAUCUAACCAAUGUAAACUGAUCUUUCAGAAAUCAGUUUUUGUGUCAUUAGUGCUGGUGGUGGAUCUGAUUAUUUAAAAUGGGUGGAUAGCUAUUUGUGAACAUUAUUUUAUACAUAUGCAUAAUUUGAACUUUUGAUUUCCCAAUGUUUAUAUGCAAUUUGUAACAUUUUGACAAUUUGAUUCUCUUAAAUAAAAUUUAUUUUAUUAUCACUAA